AUGUCAGAAGUACAAGAGUUUGAAGCGAAACUGCGAAAAGUGAGUUUUUAAUCCUUAAUAUUAAUAUUAGUUUAGGCUUUUCACGAUCUUGCUUUAAAAACAUCCCAGACGAAUGACCAGCUAGAGGAAGUUAGAUACACCAAGAAUCUUAUGGAACAGGUAAUUUUAUUAUUUGUGAUUUAUUUUUUAGGUAAAUAAAGAACAAGGCUUUACAUGAACGUUUAAUUCAAGUUAUUUGAAUGGUUUUUAUUGCAGAAGCGCAUUUUUGUAUCAAAAUAAAGUUUUACGUUUUAGAAUAUCAAAGUUGCGGAGAUUGCUAAGGAAGAAGUUGGUAAACUAGAGCCAGAAAGAGACGUGUACCAUUCGAUCGGUCGUAUUUUUGUGUACCGCAAGCACGAUGAAGAGAUAAACGAUCAACAGAAGGACAUUGAGAACUACAAGAAGAAGAUUGAAGAUUUGGAGAAGCAGAAAGAGUAUUUGACCAAGAGUCUGAACGAUGCUCAAACAAAUCUCCGAGAAAUGGUACAACAAAGUCGGACGGAAAAGGCUUGA